ACUAAAGCAGCAAGCAGCCGCCAGUUUGUAGGCUGUGAGUUUUUGACCAAAGUCACAUGCGUUGAUGUAGUUGAAGUGCGUGUUUCAGAUGAUACAUGUUUGUAUAAUUGAACGGAAAAACAUAUCGAUGCGGUAGAAGUGCAGUAUACGCAAUCUAUUAUGAAUUGCAUAAUCAUGGUGCUUUGAAAUAACAGCAAUCGAUCUAUUCAUGAAGAAAGUUGCACGACGGAAAGAAGAAGUAUUACUCACGCACAAUAGCGGAAGUUAAUCUCAACGUCCGUUUCAGUCGAGUCGGUUUCACAACACUUUUUAUAAUAACUAACGAAUGUCUUAGCUCUACUACAUAAUGCAAUUGCCGCGGACAUUCUUGCGCUUUGGUUGCUACUUCCUGGUAUUGAUACUUGUCACAGUGGCCGAUCAAAACGAACCACACUUCGAAAUUCCGGUGCAGUUGAUCGGUUUUCCGGUAAUUAUAGCAAGUGUAAGAAUCAUCAACUUCCUCAAGAAGCUCGCUUAUGCUUUAAGUCCAGAUACUUAUAUCAGUCGAGUAAAACGAGCACAUCCUUUGAUAUACGAUGAAAAGAUCUUAGACAUUGACCAAGUCGAAAAGAAGCUAGUAGCUGAGCUCGGAAAUAAUGUUUGCAUCUACGAGAAAAUUUGUGUCAAGUAUGCGGAACGAUCUCUUCAAAGAAAAAAUUGGGAACGCGUUCUUAAUUGGAAUGAAAUAUUCAGGGAGUACAAGUCAUCGUCCAACUCGAUGAAAGAGAAUUACUUGCUGAGCGUCUUUAUGGGCGACAUUAUUGGCAAUCCGAAGCUAUGUUACUUAUUGGCAAAGAGAGGCAGAGCCUGCGAGUAAUUUGUUCGAUAAGAAGCGAAGUAUUAGCAUCUUUUAGUUAAAUCUUGAUGCCAUAAACUUUAAAUAUUCGCGAAAGUAAACUAUAAUCUGUUUUUUUUUUCUUUUUUGUAUAAUGUGGAUGCAUGGGUUUAUAUAAUCGUAAUCGUUUACAUUGAUUGUGUGAAAGAUAUAGUUCCUUUUUAUUAUUAAAUUAUUAUUUCUAAUAUUAUUAGUCAAUUGAUCUUUUAAAAUAAAUCGUAAAUUGUUUUUAACAGAGAAGAAGUACAAAUUAAAUACAUAAAAAAUCGUCAUGAGAAAUAUAUGAUUAUGUAAUAUAGCAAAUGUAUAAUUAUUUUAAUAUUUUAUUUGCAUAAUUAUAAAUUCUCUCAAACAUAUCUUUCGCUUCACUUUAUGUAAUUUCGUAUUUCUUUCUUUUGUGUUUCUUCAAUUUGCUGUAUGUCCAUGCCAUAACAGUUCCCAUCAAUGAAUAGCGUCACAUAAUACAUCAUUGCACGCAAAAUUUACUGUUAUUAUGUGAAAAUAAAUUGUUUGAUAUUUAAGAAACCAUA